AUGUCUCUGAGUGCGAGCGCGGAAAAUUUAUCGUCGGAAGGGCAAAAUAGUGAAAGGUGGAACAUGUGCCUUGAAUUGGCACUGGAGGGUGAGCGCCUUUGUAAGGCUGGAGAUUGCAAAUCUGGUGUGGCAUUCUUUCAAGCUGCAAUUCAAGCAGGCACAGAUGACUUAAGGAUAUUAAGUGCAAUUUAUAGCCAACUAGGGAAUGCAUAUUUUUAUCUUGGAGAUUAUGUAAAAGCAAUGCAAUACCAUAAACUGGAUUUAAGUCUUGCACGUAAUAUGGGAGAUAAGUUAGGAGAAGCUAAGUCCAGUGGAAACUUGGGAAAUACAUUAAAAGUUAUGGGAAAGUUUGAUGAGGCUAUGAUAUGUUGCAAAAGACACUUGGAGAUCUCUAGAGAAAUUGGAGAUAAGCUCAGUGAAGGAAGGGCUUUGUACAAUUUAGGAAAUGUUUAUCAUGCUAAAGGAAAACAAGCUGGUAGAGUAGGUCAUCAAGAUCCUGGAGAAUUCUCUGAGGAUGUUAGACAAUGUUUGCAACAAGCUGUUCGCUAUUAUGAAGAAAACCUGGAGUUGAUGAAGGAAUUGGAGGACUCUGCUGCCCAAGGCAGAGCCUGUGGAAACCUAGGGAAUACAUUUUACCUACUGGGAGAUUUUCAACAAGCAAUUUAUUAUCAUAAUGAAAGAUUAAAGAUUGCCAAGGAGUUUGGUGACAAAGCUGCUGAGAGAAGAGCAAAUAGCAAUUUGGGAAAUUCACACAUAUUCCUUGGUGAAUUUGAGAAAGCUGCACAACAUUACAAGAGAACUCUAGUCCUUGCACAAGAAUUAGGAGAUAGAGAAGUAGAAGCACAAGCAUGCUAUUCUCUAGGAAACACAUACACUCUCCUUCGAGACUAUCCAACUGCAAUAGAAUACCAUUUGAGGCAUCUUGAAAUAGCUCAACAACUUAAAGAUCAAGUAGGUGAAGGCAGAGCUUGCUGGUCUCUGGGCAAUGCGUAUGCUGCAAUGGGCAAUCAUGAAAAGGCAUUGCAUUAUGCAAAUCUACACUUAAAUAUUUCAAAAGAGCUUGAGGAUCCAAUGGGACAAGCUACUGCACAAAUGAAUGUUGAUGAUUUACAAAAAAUUCUGGGUUUAGAAAAGGGGCAACAGGAGAAUAAUAAAGAAAAUAUUGCACAAAAACUUUUGACCAAUACAAGCUCAAACAUAAAUAUAUCUUCACCCUGUAGAUAUAGACUUAGACGACAAAGUAUGGAUAAUUUGGAUCUCAUUAAGCUUACACCAGAUACAAAAUUGAAAGAACAAGCUGAAUCUCAAAUCGAUAAAAGUAAUAAUGUAACCCCGCAACUUACUCAAAAAGAAGAAGAUAGUUUCUUCGAUCUUCUGUCUCGUUUUCAAUCUGGUAGAAUGGAUGACCAACGUUGUGCGCUUAACACAAAUCGUAGCCAGAAAUUUAGAACUAUUACUCCUGAAGUAUGCGAUUCCGACGAGAAAGACGGAGAAGAUCUACUAGAUUUAAUAGCUGGAAUGCAAAGUAAAAGGAUGGACGAACAGCGAGUGACACUGCCUUACUUACCAGGCCUAAACAGUAAUCAAGAUGCCGAUGAUUCUUUCAUUGAAAUGCUUGUGAGAUGCCAGGGUUCUCGUCUAGAAGAUCAGCGUAGUCCUUUACCAGCCGCAUCCACGGUACACGACGCCGAAGAGGAACACAGCCAAAGAUCAAACGGAGCUACUCAAGCAGGAUCGACGGUUCCAGAGGAGGAUCUAUUUGCUUUAAUACAAAGACUUCAAGCUGGUCGAAUGGAAGAUCAAAGAGCCUCCGGACCCGGAAAAACUUGUUAAAACAUUAAUAUGUACAGUUGUGUCAAGUUCUAUGGUAAUGAAACUGUUUGAUAUUUUGCAGCUAUUCUUCCACGCGAUUUUUCGUCGGCUCGUUUUAUGAAUUACGAAGCGUUCGCCGUAUUCGAUUAGUGCAUUCCACUCACAGUCUAUGAAAUCAUUAGUAUGAUUCACAUUCUAAAAAAAUUGUAUACUAUCAUACCGUCCACUGGUAUCAAUUCCCCACUGUAUACUUUACAACAACGAUGGGUACAUCAUUUUCUUUUUUAAAUUUUUUCUUAUUCGCUUGAAUAUCCAAGACAUGGUGCCAAAUAUAUGAGCCUAAGUUAUUCGACAGACACAUGUUUCGUGGCGUUAGGUACAAAAUAAUUUUGUAUUAUUGUUUUUUAAAUACGAUAUUUAUUAACAGUUAGAAAAUGGCAAAAGAAAAUGGUUCGAAAAGAAAUAUAAAAAAAUAUUAUAAACACUGCCAGGUUGAGAAUGGAAAUAUUGCAAACACUUUGACGGAUUAUUAUAUCAUGAACAUUGAAUGGUAAGGAUUUAUUAAUCCUGGCGUUAUGUCUUGCAUAUCCGAUCUUGCACAAUUUGUUUAGUCGUCGAUUAUUUUUCCGAUAGCAUGAUGAAAUUGGUGCCAAAAAUAAUUGAUACGUUAGAAUCUCAAACAUCAAGUAUUAAAAAAGAAAUUUGUUAAUUGUUAUAUGUGUAUUGUACGUUAUGAUAAACGUAUGUUGAACAGAAUCAUUAACGCGUACAAUUAUAUUAAUUUACAACGAACGUUACCAGUUUAAUUGAUUGCAGUGUUGUAAUCAAUUUUCGUUGUACUUUGCGCAUUCUGAGUAAACGGAAUGUUAAGGCAGUAUUUGUGGAUAGACUGGAUCGAUCAUUCGUAUAUCUAAUUCCAAUAGUACCUAAUUAACAUUUGUCUAGUAAAUACCGGUACUGUUAAGUGCUGGAACUUAUCCACAAACUUAAUUAUUCCCAAGAUACUUACAACUUGAUACAGUAUAGCGUAACUGUAAUCGCCUGAUCUCCUUGUGUUCCAAACAAUGUUAAAGAAAGAACAAGUAAACUCAACAAGAAAAACGCAUUUCAACAUUCCAUUGAAUAUUUUAUGAUAUAUUUAUACCUUAUAAAUGGUAUCUAUCCGAUAAGUAACUUAAAUUAUUGUUAAUCCUUCGCGUUGUUUUGUCUGUAAAUACGCGAUAAAACGCUUCUGUCAACAAUCUUCACCCUAAACAUGGUAAAUGAAUCAAUUGCCUUAAUAAGUUAAUGCAAUUCUAUCGACCUACAUGUAUGUACAAGCGUUUCACGCCUACUCAGAUGUAUGUACAUACUAAAGAAGAAAAAAAGAAAAAAAUUGAUAACUCACUGUGAAACUGACUAUAAAAACCGAGCCUGAUCGAGCGACUAUAUAGCUGUAGGGAUAUUGUUGAAGGAAGAAUAUUAGUAUCGUACAGUAAGA